AAUGACUGAUGGUCACGUGACUGUUCCCCGUUCUACGAUCCUCUCCAUCCCCCGUUCUACGAUCCUCUCCAUCCCCCGUUCUAGUCCAUCUGUUUCGCCUCGGGCAAGUUCGGGAAAUUGGUUAGGGAGGUUACUAAACGGCAAUAAUCUCAUGUCAGAUGUGGAGAAAUCGCUGCCACUUGCUGUCAAUUAAGUCUUGUUGACCGUAGUUAAUGCACCGAAACAUAAAGAAUCGGAAUAAUCGUGUUGAAAAAUCAAUUGAAAAGAAAAAACGAGGAGCAGACAAUUUCGUUUGUUCGAAGAACGUGAAGCGGAAAAUCUUGUGUAUUUUGCGUAACAAAACAAAAAACUUUCAACAAACUGACUGCGUCUACAUCAUCUGACCUUGAUAAAAAUACGCAAUUAUGUCCCUAUUGCCUGUUAUUUAUCUCUUCUGAUAACAGUUUGUUCUACACACUUUUCUCAUCGCUCAUCAAUUCAGUUUUAAUUGUUUUUGAUAACUUUGCGAUAUAAUGAAUAGUUUAUAAAGAGAUUCACUGAUUUUUAAGUCCGCGAUCUCUAAUGAAAGAAUUACGGUUCUUUUUGUGAUUGCAUAAUAAAUGCAUUUUACCACCUGGCAAACAGCGAUAAAUCCAUGGAACACGUAAAUUUCAUAAAGUUAUGCAAUGUGAUGUGUGUCAUCGAUUUGAGAAAAAAUAUCUCAUGUACAAGGAACAAUUUAGUAUAAAAAAAACAAGUGGAAAAUUCUUAAAAACUCAUAUGAUAUACUUUUGGUUCAUACUUUCGAUACGACGAUGAAAUUGUUGAAAUGAGAUGGAUUAAUUGGGAAAAAUUUUGGUGGACCAUGUGUACUGCUACAAGUAUGAAAUCUUGACAAAAAGGGGACAUAUUUUUUUAGCGAACAAUGGCUUGUGAUGCUCUUAUUUGGGGGCUAUUGUUUGUAGGAUGCGUACAGAUAUUAUGGGCUAUGUCUGAAGAUGAUCCAUUAGAAUAUAUGAGCAAGGAAGAAAGAGAAGCUUUAAAAGAAGAAGCAAGGGAUAUGUUUUAUCAUGCAUACAAUGCCUAUAUGGAAAAUGCAUAUCCUGCUGAUGAAUUGAUGCCAUUAAGCUGUAAAGGGCGAUAUAGAGGCUCAGAACCAAACAGGGGUGAUAUAGAUUCUACAUUGGGAAAUUUUUCACUUACUUUGGUGGAUACACUAGAUACAUUAGUGGUAUUAGGAGAUUUGGAAGAAUUUGAGAAUGCAGUCAAACUUGUUGCUAGAAAUGUAAGCUUUGAUACAGAUGUUAUUGUUUCAUUGUUUGAAACAAAUAUUAGAAUGCUUGGAGGUCUUCUUAGUGGUCACAUAUUAGCCGAAUAUCUACAACAAAGGGCUGAUAUAAUGCCAUGGUAUAGAGGAGAACUUUUGGAUUUAGCUAAAGAUUUAGGAUUUAGAUUUUUACCUGCAUUUAACACAACUACUGGAAUACCUUAUGGCAGAAUAAAUUUAAAACAUGGCAUGAAAGGAGUUCCUAUGGAAGUAUCAAAAGAGACAUGCACUGCUUGUGCAGGUAGUAUGAUAUUAGAAAUGGCUGCUUUAUCUCGAUUAACGGGCGAACCAAUAUUCGAGGAAAAGGCGCAGAAAGCUAUGGAUGUUUUGUGGCGAAUGAGACAUCGUGGUACAGACUUAAUGGGAUCUGUAUUGAAUGUAAACUCUGGGGAUUGGGUACGAAGAGAUUCUGGUGUCGGCGCUGGCAUAGAUUCUUAUUAUGAAUACUGUCUUAAGGCAUAUAUUUUACUUGGUGAUGAAAAAUAUUUAGGACGUUUCAACAAACAUUAUCAAGCUGUAAUGAAGUAUGUUAGUCAAGGACCUAUGUUGUUAGAUGUCCACAUGCAUAGACCAAACACCAACUCUAAAAAUUUCAUGGAUGCUUUAUUAGCCUUUUGGCCAGGUCUGCAGGUUCUUAAAGGUGACAUCAAACCUGCUGUAGAAACACAUGAAAUGCUGUAUCAAGUUAUACAGAGACAUAAUUUUAUACCAGAAGCAUUUACUACUGAUUUUCAGGUACAUUGGGGACAUCAUCCACUGAGACCAGAAUUUUUAGAAUCAACAUACUUCUUAUAUCGAGCCACAGGCGAUCAUUAUUAUUUAGGAGUCGGGCGUAAAGUACUCAAAAGUCUGCAAACAUAUGCAAGAGUACCAUGUGGUUAUGCAGCUGUAUCAGAUGUUAGAACUAACAAACAUGAUGAUACAAUGGAUAGCUUUGUAUUGUCAGAGACAUUUAAAUAUUUAUUUUUAUUAUUUGCGGAACCAGGAGAAUUAAUUUUAGAAUUGGAUGAAUUUAUUUUUACUACUGAAGGCCAUUUAUUACCACUCACACUUGCUUCCAUAAGAACGAAUAUUUCAUCUGACUUCGAACGAGAUAUCGUGUAUGUGGACGAAUUUGAUCGAACUUGCCCAAAUAGUUUACAUUUGUUUCCUGCGUCAGUAAGACAACCUUUGAGAAAUAUGGUUGAGGAUGUUUGCCCGAGACGAUCGAUUAAACGACGAUUAAGCGCAUCACAAUUUCAAGCAAAUAAUUUGGAACAUUUGAAAAUAUUGAGUGAUAUGGGGAUAACGACUUUAACAUUAGCAGAUGGGCGGAUUCAGCUUUUGCACACAUUUUCUAAUGCGAAGACGACGCAAGAUUCAGAGGAAGGAUUAUUAUUCAUGCAAGAAAUGGUAGAACUGAGUAAGAUGCAAAUGCAACAACCAGAAACUAAACCGCAAACAGUAACAUUCAUAAGACCCAAUACAGAUCCAUUGGAAAAAGUUACACUAUUAGCUGGACCGGCGCAAUUCGGGCCUGAUUUACAAAAUUUCGAUAAGAUUUCUGGAAAAGUGAUAUUUACAUAUCCACCCGCAGCUUGUACUGAUCUGCACAAUGCAGACAAAUUGGCAGGCAAAAUAGCAAUUGUGAAUCGCGGAAAUUGCAUGUUCAUAGAAAAAGCACGCAGAAUUCAAAAAGCUGGUGCGCUUGCUGGAAUAGUAUUGGAUAAUAUUGCCGGUUCGAGUGCGGCAACAUCGCCCAUGUUUGCUAUGUCCGGUGAUGGAAAAGAGAUAGAUGACGUUACAAUACCUGUUGUAUUUCUGUUUUUCACAGAAGCAGCCGAGUUAAUGAAGGCUAUUAAUGCAGCAGAUGGAGAUCUUACUGUUACGCUUGGAAUAUAUUCUUCUAAAGAAGAGAUUCAACUUAAAGCGCCUACUGAUUUAUCAUUAUUUGAACGUGUAAAAGGAUCGUUAAAAUCAUUUCUCAGCCGACAUGUAACUCCACAGGCGACAACUAUUGGAUCUAGUUUGGAUAUAACAAUUCCUGUAAUUGAAUCACAAGAAGAUCAAGAGGAUGUAGUCGAUUUUCAUUAUUUUCACGCAGAAAUCAUCAAAGAUUCAUUAAAUGGUGAAGUCAAAAUUACUGCCACAUCUGAAGCUGCAAUUAUCAUCUUAAGACCAGUUUCUACACCAACAGAAAUUUUAUGGCAUCAGUUGAAAGAAGUGUUUGUCAAUCAGAUAUUCCUUAAUAGGAAACAAAAUAAAGGUAUAAGAAUCAGAAGUUUUAUUUUAGAGAGCUAUUACAAUUGGGUAAACAAAGAGCGUGGACUGCUUACGAAAACAUCACUGUCUUAUAAAGUUCGAUGGUUCUUAAGUGAACUAUUAGUAGUUGCACCAAACUCAUCUAUUAAAAAGAUGGGACAGUUAUUAGAAUUAAAUAAACAAAAGUUAUUAAAACAAUAUUUACUCACAAAUAUGGAUACUAUGGUGUUAAAUUUAAAAACGGUAGCUACAAAAUUGAAGAGUAUAAAAUCAGUAAGACCCAAAAUGGAGCAAUUAUUAAAAAUUUCAGAAUCUGGCAUUACACAGGUUGAAUAUUACUCGUUCUUACGUCAUUUAUUAGUUGAUUUGUUCGAUGAAGAAGAUGAGAUCAUUAAUCGACAUAUUGCUCUUUUGGAUCAUAUUCAUGCGGAGGUACACUCUAUAUAUCAAGAAAUAUUAAUUGAUGGAGUACACAGGCACCUUGAAAAGUUAGGAGAAGAAGAUCAUUCAUAUUAUGAUAUAUUGAUUGCUGAUUUACAGAAGAAUUUAAAAAAUGUAGAUAAAGAAGAAAAUUUACUUGGAAAAAUUAAAGAGAAUGAUUUGGCAGUUGCUGAAUUUAUAAGUGAUAGUAAUGGAGGUAAAGGAGAUAUUGAAACUAAAAAUAUUAACAUUUUAAAGAAGGAUAAGAAAUCAAGCACUAAUGAAAUAAAGGAUUUCGAAUAUUUCAUAUUGACAGAAAUAGAAAAAGCUGUGAAAUACUCUGAGCAAAAUACCUUAGAAAAGUAUGAUGAUGUAAAUAGUGAAUUGAAAAAUGUUGUUAUACAAGAUAAGAAAAAUAAGGAUGCUGUUAAAUCUGAUGAUAUUAUUCUGUUCUCUAAAAAUCAAAGCGAAGGUGAUGAUAGAAAGAAUGAAGUUCAAAGUUUACAGAAAAAAUUAGGCUUACAAGCAACAAAAGCAGUAGAUGUGAAAUUUGAGAAAGUAACUAUUCAGGAAAAACAAGAGGAAAAAUCUUCUACUGACUCUAUAUCCGAUACUAACAGUAUAAUACACAAAUAUCAUGCCUCUGAUAUACCUACAACACUAGAUACUAAUGUAGAGACAGCUUUUUCCAAUAAAAAGCAUACUUUAUUGCAAGCAAUACAGAAAGAUAUUAAUGACAUACAACAUUCUUAUAAAACUAUUUUAAAAGAAAAAACGUUUAAUAAGAAAGAUUUGAUUGCAAAUAAAAUCAUAUUUACUGAUCCAUUAGAAGAAUUUAAAAAAUUUAUAUCGACUAUCAAUGAGGGAAAAGUAUUUCCAAAAAAGUUACACAUUGCAGAUGCACAAUAUAAUACCAUAAAAUUAAAUGAAUUGAAAUAUGAAAAAAAAUAUGUAAGCAAAAACAAAGAUAAAGAAACUAAACCAAAAUUAUAUAUAGCUAAACAUAUCGAUGAUGAAUUAUAACAAUAGCUUUUAAGAUUUAGGCUAAAUUAUAGUUAUAAAAAUGACAGAGAAUCAAUUCCCAACGGCCAUAAGGCUAUCUGCAUAAGGCUGCAUUGCAAAUGAUAUUUUUGCACUGUGAUCUAAAUGUGUGUGUGCAAUGAAUUUUAAUUGAUUUCUAUAUACACAAGAUAAUCUAAAAAAAUUCCAAUUAUUCGAUAAAAAAAAAAUAAACUAAAAACUGUCAGAUUAUAACAAUGCUAUAAUAUAAAUUCAUAGAAAAACUUUCUCUGUAGAUUUUAAAUCAAUGCUUAUAAGAAAAUCUAUUUCCAUUUGUUAUCUAAGGGAUGAUAUUACUAUAGCAUCCAUAAUAUAUACUAUGAACAUAACAUGUGUGAUACAUAUAUGUUAAAGUGGUUGUGAAGGCAUAUUCUGAACAGAUGGUUAACUGAUACAUGUACAUAUAUUUCGUGUAUUAUAGUAGAAUCUUCUACAUACACUCUCACUAACGUACGAUAGCAGAUUCUUUUUCUCUUCCAUGAAAG